AAAUUAUUGAUAAGAGGAAUUAGUUAAUUCCUCAUGAUAACAUUGAUGAUGGAACAUUUGAACAAAUUGAAUAUUCUCUUUCUCUCUCUCUCUCCCAAGUCGAAACACGAUUAUAUUGAAUGGCAAGAGAGAAUUUAACAGGUAUAUACACAUGUAUGUAUACACUUCGAAUUUGAUAUAACCGAGCAACUCGAAUAUCAAAAGCAAAGAUGAAGGAAAAGGAGGAAAAAGACGAAGGAGGUGAAAGAUGAGAAGGAGCAAGAGAAAACUGAAUCAUCAGAAACUCACAGAGAGAGAAACAUAAAAGUAUAAGAUUUUUUUGUUGUUCGAAAAAAACAAACUUGUCUUCCCUCGGUUUCUUUUUUUAUACUUAAUCAGUUCUAUCAACAGUUUUUACCUUGAUAAUCUGGACCACAAUCAUCCUCAUCCUCAUCCUCCUCAUCAUCAUCAUCAAAAUCUUCACAUUAAUUAGGCAACAUAUCAACAAAUCCAAAGACGAACAUCAAUAUCUCUCAUCUGAUUGAUAAUCUUACCGGUUAAAAAUUCGUAUCCAAGUAACACUGUUUAUCUUCAGCCUCUGCCCUCAGUUAUCGUCAUUAUCAUCAACGUCAUCAUCACUACCGUUACCCACCGAGGGAGAGAGUGUGUGUGAGAGAGAGAGCGAGAGAGUGAGAGAGGUAAAAGAGAUCAAAAGAAAACUAAAUAAAACAAAGUUAACGAGAAGAAGAUAAAUAAACAACAACAAAUAUCCAGUUCGAAGGAGACAAGAAGAUAAACAAAGAUAAAGUUAAAGAGAUGAUGAAGACGAUGAAGAAGAUAAAGUUGAACUAAUGUUUAAAAAAAGGAUGGUGAUGAUGAUGAUGAAGGAAAAGAUGAUAAAAGUGAUGAUAAAUUUGAUAGAAAAGAAAAAGUGAAAAUGAAAAAAGUGAUAAUGAAAAAAAGAGAGAAAGAAAAUCUUUUCCAACAUUUAUCUUCACCUAUUUAACCUCAAGAUAACUAAAACUUUUUAAAAUCGUUUCUUCAAUUACCUUUGACGUUCUGUCAUCAAUUUCUCUUCUCAUUUCAUCAUCAUCAUCAUCAUCAUCGUCAUAAUCUUCAACGUUACUUUUUCCUCUUCCUCAUGUCAUCAUUGUUAAAAUACACUGAAUGUUAUUUUCCAAUCGCACCACAGAAAAAGGGAAAGUAAAAAAAUCCACCGUCAACCCAAACGUAUCUACGUCGUAACAUCAUCAUCAUCAUCAUCAUCACCUCCACCUCCAAUCUACCUUUGUUUGUUUACCUGUAAAUCUCCCUCUUUCUCUCUCCUCUGUCUAUUUUUCUUCAAAUUCAGUGUCUUCUUUUUCACUUUCGCUGUAUUUACAAACCUCUUGCAGCGAUUUAAAUCUAAACCCACACUAAUCCAAUAUCUUAUAUUAUCUAUUCAUGGAAAUAAAUUGUUCUUGUCUUAUAAAUCAAUCCGAUAAGUGUAACAAUCAACCAACAAUUUAACAUUUUGUGUCUUCUUUUAAUAUAAUUCCAAUCGUUGGAUCUCUCUCUUUCUCACUCACUCACUCGCUCGCUCACUCUUUAAUUGUUUAUUAUUAUCAUCAUCAUAGUUAUCUAAUUGUUAUUAUAUAUCAAAAUGUUCAUCAUGUUCAUAGUCUUAAUUGUGUUGGUACGAUAAUAGUAAACAAGAAUCAAUAAUGGAACCAUAUUAAUCUAUUAUCGGCCUUAAAGUGUAACAAUUUAAGUAUAUAAAUAAUUAAUUAAUUGUGUCUCUCAAUGAGUUUGUGAUUAUCAACCAUGUUGAUUAACCCAAAAUUAAACAGCAUAAAUCAUAUCCAUUGAUAAGUAAAUCAUUUAUCCGAUUGAAAUAUCAUAAUAAUAAUCAACAUUUCAAGUAAAUUAAUCAAAUCAAGGACUUUAAAUUAUAAUCAAGGAAACAAUUUAACCAACGAUAAGUGAGUGAGUGAGUGAGAGAGACCAACAAUCAACUAAUCAACAAGAAACAAUUUAAAGAAAUGGGAAACAACUCUAGUCAAUCUUCAAGGCAAUCAUCUCGUUCAUCAGUGGAUGUUGCACUUAUAACGGAAGCUCAUGGUCUUGUAACUGAUAUGUUAAGUGAUCCAACUCUUCCAGCUCACAUUUCCUCUGGCCUACGAGCGGUUGCCUCCCUUUUAUCGCCUCCCAUAGCAUCAAUAUCAAGUCGAUCUCGGUCAAAUGUUUUCGCAGCGGUUGCAUUAACAGACUUUGAUCCUGGUGAAGAGCCUCAAGAGAUUCCAUAUACAGGAGAAAAGCUCAUGUCCUUUAAGCGAGGAAGACGGAAUGUCCCCCCUAGUGUAUUACGACGAAUGUCAACCUCAACAUGGUCUACAACAACUUCUGCCACCGGAAUGCCAACAUUGGAACCUGAGCCUUCACGUAAACGAUGCACCAAUUUCCGUUCAGCCCAAAGUCCAAAUUCACCUCAUCCACCCUCGUUUUUAAGUCCAUCUGAGAAACCACCGGUUAAAGGAGGUCGAUCAUUUUCCACAACAGCUCUUCCGUUGGGCGCUUUGUCUCAUUUACGUGAGAAACGUGAUCGUAAAUUGGGUUCUCUGGUUCAAUCUUCACUUGACAGUGGUAAUCGUGAUUUUAUACAGCCACUACCUCCCGAGAUUGAUCUAAAUAAUCUUAAAUUUACUCGUAAACAUGGUGUCAGUGUCGGUGGUGAGCCUUCAACUUCUGCCAGUCAUUCACCAAGUCAUGUUCAUCUUCACAGUUCACCAGAUUCUCAUCAUUCUCUCCCAUCUCAACUCAUAUCACAGACACACAAUCAAUCACAUCAUCAACAACAAUUACAACAACAACAACAACAACAACAGAAUCAACAGCAACACUCAUUACAUCCCCAAUUCCAGCAACAUUCCCACCAAAUCCAACAAAUACCUUCAUAUCCUUCAUCAUCAUCAUCUUCAUCCUCAUCACACCAUCAUCAUCAUCAAUCACCCUCAUCAACUGACCGUCGUGCCGAUAAUAAUAAUAAAAGAAUAGAUUCAAUUGCCGAUAAACCUUUAAUUAAUCCAUAUCAUGGUUCAUCCUAUUCAAUUGGAGCUUGUCAAAUUCUUAAACAAACAAUUCCAAGAUUAAAUUUAACUUCUGAUUAUGAUUCAAGUAACGAUAGUCCAAGUGGAAGUGAAACAACAGUCGAUGACAAUCUAAUCAGUGACAGUAGAUUAUCAAGUGUAGGCCUAAUCACCACAACCAGUGGAGGAGGAAACAACAGUGGACGACGUUCAGUAUGUUCAGUAUCUAAAGGUGUUACCACCGCAAGUCCAUCCGAAUCAAGUUUAUCAAGUUCCGGCGGAGGAUUAACCAAUAUCCAGCCUCUCGGGACAACAACCACCGCCAAAAAUAACAACAAUAAUUCAAUAAAUUCAAGUAAUAACAUGAAUACCACCUCAGGUAACAUGAUUACUGCCAAAGAGGGUUCUUAUUGUCUACUUUGUGGUAUCGCUUUAAGAGCCUUCACCAAUUCCUCUCAUUCAACCAAAGCUAAACCUCAGCCCACUUGGCCAAUUAAAUCACCGCCACCUCCAGUUGAACCUGAUCUUGAUCCAUUUGGUAAUCUAACCAUUGGAGAUACUUUCUAUAAUCUUGAACGCCUUGCCCAUGAUCCGUUACUUAAUCGUAUCAAUGAAUGGGAUUAUCCAAUAUUUGAGCUUAAUCUAUCAUCUAAUGGAGCAAUUUUAAGUCAAUUAACUUACAGAAUAUUUUAUGAAGCGGGUUUAUUGGAAGCAUUUAAAAUACCGAUAGUUGAAUUUCUAAGUUACUUUAGAGCAUUAGAAUUAGGUUACAGAGAGAAACCAUAUCAUAAUCGUAUGCAUGCUGCUGAUGUUUUACAUGGAGUUUAUUAUUUAACUUCUCAACAAAUUCCAGGAUUUCCUCAGAUUCCAUUAGAUUCAGAUGAUUCACCAUUACUGAAAAACUCCUCUGGACCACUUCCGAAAAGUUAUCUUCGACACAUAUCAACCUGUGAUGAUAGUUAUGGUAUAAUGGGUGCCAAUUUCCCCGCUCUUGAGAUAAUGGCACUUUACACCGCAUCGGCGAUGCAUGAUUAUGAUCAUCCAGGUCGAACCAAUGCUUUUUUAGUUCAAACUUUUUCAGCUCAAGCUAUCCUUUAUAAUGAUCGUUCUGUUCUAGAGAAUCAUCAUGCAGCCGCAGCUUGGGCAUUGUUCAUAUCAAAAGAGGAAUAUAAUUGGCUUCGUGUUCUUGAUAAAGCUGAAUUUAAAAGAUUUCGAUUCCUUGUUAUAGAAUUUAUUCUUGCCACUGAUCUAAAGCGUCACUUCGAUAUAUUAGCUGAAUUCAAUGCCAAAGUUAAUGAUGAUGAUGCUCCAGGAAUCGAUUGGUUUUCCGAGACCGAUAGACUUCUGGUGAUGGAGAUGUGCAUCAAAUUGGCCGAUAUUAAUGGUCCAUGUAAAGAGCAAAAUAUUCACCUACAAUGGACUUACAGAAUUGCUGAGGAAUUUUAUGAACAGGGUGAUGAAGAGGAGAAACUGGGUUUACAAAUAUCACCAUUUAUGAAUCGGAAACAUCCUCAACUUGCCAAAUUACAAGAAUCAUUUAUUAAUCAUCUGGUUGCUCCUCUAUGUAACUCAUAUGGAGAAGCUGGUCUACUUCCGGGUGUAAUUGAAUUUACAGAAAAUCAACCGAUAGAUAAAAAAGAUGAAAGAAAAAAAUCAUUCGAGAAAAAAUCUUCAGAAUUAAAGAAGGAUAAACAACAGCAAAAGGUGAAAAAAGUUACCUGUCUUCAGACCAAACAUCUAGAGGAAAAUUAUCAAUAUUGGGUUAAUGUGAUAACCAGGGAGAAUUCAUCUUCUAAAAAUACUUCAGAUGAUAAUAAUAACAGUAAACCGGAACAUCAUGAUGAAUCUCCUUCCGUCAGUAGUGAUGAUUCAUCCACCCCUGUAUUCAGUUCCAAUCAGCCCUUGCAGGAUAUUGUUGAAUCAGAGGAGAUUGGUAAUACUGGAGAAACACCACCAACCUCAAUUAGUGAUAAUCCAAAUCAUCCAAGUUGAUAUUGAUCACAAUUUAAUAUCAAUCUUGAAACAAUUG